AUGCCGCAGCUGAGCCCGCAGCAGCUCCGAGGGCGUGAGGAGCUGCACUUGGCACACCUGGUGCUCAGCUUCAUCACCAUGGGCUACGUGUGGCAGGAGGGCGAGGAGGGCACCGUGCAGGUGCUGCCCAGAAACCUCGCUGUCCCCUUCUGGGAGGUGUCCCAGGCCCUGGGCCUCCCACCCAUCCUCAGCCAUGCAGACUUUGUGUUGGCCAACUGGAGGAGGAAGGACCCCAGCGGGAACCUGGACACAAUCAUCACAUUGCCUGGAGGAGAGAGCCUGAGGGGCUUCAUCCUUGUCACCCUGCUUGUGGAGAAGGCAGCUGUGCCUGGCAUUAAGGCAAUCCCCCAGGCCCUCGGUGCCACCCUGCAGGGGGACGAGGAGUCCCUGCACAGAGCCCUGGAGGAGCUGGCAGGGGCCAUCGAGGCCAUGAGGGAGGCACUGAGGAGGAUGCACGACUAUGUGGACCCAGAAGUAUUCUACUCUGUGAUCCGGAUCUUUCUCUCUGGAAAGCUUCCUGAGCCGGAGCAGGAGGUGCAGCCAGGCAGGGCAACGUGUCCCAGCACCAUGCUGGGUGCUCACCAGGGCGUGGAGAUGGCAGAGAACACUCUUCAGAAUCUGAUCUCCAAGUUUAUCUCCUAUUUGAGAAAGGCUGACAUGGCCGCGUUGGAGAAGGAGAUCCAUGGGCCGGGGAGCUGGAAGGACAACCCUGCCAUGGCCCACGGGCUCGUCUACGAGGGGGUGUCCGCGGAGGCGCUGGCGUUCUCGGGGGGCAGCGCGGCGCAGAGCACGGUCCUGCACGCCUUCGAUGAGCUCCUGGGCAUCUGCCACCGCCAGGACUGCGCUGCCUUCCUGCUCAGGAUGAGGGAGUACAUGCCCCCGGCCCACCGAGCCUUCGUGGAGCAGAUCCGCGGCGCGCUGUCCCCGCGGCACCUCGUGCUCUCCUCGGGGAACGCGCGGCUCCGCGCUGCCUUCAACCGCUGCGUGUCGGCGCUGGCAGAGCUCAGGUCCUACCACAUCACCAUUGUCACCAAGUACAUCGCUGUGGCAGCCUCCAAAGCCAGGGCCAGGCGGGCAGAGCUGAACGGGGCUGGCCCUGCUGUGGGAAAGGCGCCGUCGGCACUGGAGGAUAAAGGAACUGGAGGGUCGCACAUCUUCAGCUUCCUGAAGAGCAUCAGGGACACCACCAGGGAGGGGAUGAUAAGGGCUUGA